AUGAAGGAACUCUUCAUCUACGCCAAACCCAAGUAUGGUGGCAUUAUCAAGGAAACAGAUAUCCCGAAACCAGGACCAAAGGACGUUCUCAUCAAGGUUGCAUAUGCGGGGUUGAAUCCAAAAGAUUGGAAGGCUACCAAAGGAUAUGAUGAAUCACAAGCAUUCAACGCUGGAGACGAUGUCGCUGGUGUUGUCGAAGCGGUAGGCUCAGAAGUGUUCGAGUUCAAGCCAGGAGACCGCGUUGCAGGCUUUCACCAGAUGCUCCAUCCCCACGGCACCUACGCCGAAUAUACCAUUGUCAAGGCGUCCACAACGUUUCACCUGCCCCCCAACAUCUCUUUCGAGUCUGGCGCUUCAUUUCCUUUGGCCUUUAUGACAGCCGCCAUCGCCUUAUACCAGUGCCUAAAAGUACCACUUCCAACAACCCUCCAAGAUCCUGCUGCCGAAAAGACUCCCAUCUUGAUCUGGGGCGGCGCCACGGCUGUCGGAGCUUUCGCUCUUCAACUCGCCAAGCUGAGCAAUCUCAGCCCCAUCAUCACCGUUGCUGGCAACGGAAUCGACUUUGUCAAGUCGCUCAACGUAGCAGACCACAUCAUCGACUACCGAACAGGAGAUGUAGUCCAGAAAAUCAUUGACGCCGCAGGAUCGGCCAAGAUCAAGCUUGCGUUUGACUCUGUGUCCGACCCUGUCAGCUACGAGCCCAUCACCAAAGUGCUUGUCGCAUCUGGCGGCGGCACCAUCAACAUGGUCGAUCCCGUCCAAGGCUCGAAUUGGAAAUUCCCUGACAACGUGAAGCUUUCCGGCACAAUGGUUGGUUCAGCUCAUGGCGAUACUUGGGGCCGUGUCACUGAGGACCAAGCAAAGGUGGACCAGGAGUUUGCAUAUUGGUUCUACAAGUAUCUCAGCCACUUGCUGGCAGAUGGCAAAAUCAAGCCUCACCCAGUGGAAGUGCUUCCAGACGGCUUGAAUGGCAUAGUAAGUGGUGUGCAGGCGCUGUAUGACCGGAAAGUCAGCGCGAAGAAGCUUGUUGCACGCAUCGGAGACGACCUGUAA